AUGGACCCAAUGGACCCAAUGGACCCAAUGGACCCAAUGGAGGACGACACCCCGUCAGGGCCUCCUUCGAUACCGACUCCUGCCACCAUGAGCACAGGCAGCCAGGGCAAACAACCGGCCGUAUGGGAGCCAGAGCCAGACCUCCAGUCGCCCUCAUCGCUCGACGUGCCUGCUUCGCAGCAGCAGCUGUCCAAACGGCGUCGCGGUAUCGGGGUUGUUACGCCCAACGCCUGCAACGAGUGCCGAAAGAAGCGUGUCAAGUGUGAUGGCCGCAAGCCGUGCGGCCGGUGCAGGGCUCAACGGAGCGUCGCCUGCGUCUACGAGCUCCCGGUUCGCCAAUCGAAAGAAGACCUGCGAAACGAGAUCGAGAACCUGCGUCGCCGUCAACGCUCCAGCGACAGCGUGCUCUCGGCUCUUGCCCGACCCGAGCUUUGGGAGGAGGUGCUACAACGGCUGCACGGCGGCCAGUCGGUCGACGAUAUAUCCGAAUGGCUGGACGGGGGUCUGUCCCAGAGCCUGCACGGGUCGCAGGUCAGAAUGCCCACCACCGGCAUUCUGCCACCGGCAUUUAGCAACCACAUGCCACCGGCAUUUGCAGGCGGUGGCACAGUCCCCUACACGCCCUUUUCGCCUGGUGGCCUCACGCCUAGCGGUGCAGGAGGCAGCAGCUCUACCGGACCCGGGUCGCUCCGAAGCCAGCUCGAUCAGCAGCAGCCGACACAGUCCCAGGACAGCCUCUGGGCAAACGAGCUGUAUCCGGGUCCCGGCCAGGCAGCCUCGACCAGCAGCAACUCUCGCCAGGACUGGACCCCGAGCGCGCCAUCCCAGUCCCGCGUCGGCUCCUGGGCUGAUAGCAAUAGCCCCUCGGCUUCCUCUGAAGGCCCGUAUCGUGGCCUGGACCAGAUCCUUGCCCCUGCUGCCACCGGAAGGAAGGUCCCUGCAAGCAGCUGGACAAGCAUCACCAACGACUCCCAUCUUGUGCAGCAUCUUCUGGCCCUCUACUUCUGCUGGGAGUAUCCCACGUUUGCCUCGCUCAGCAAGGAGCAUUUCCUCCAGGACUUCCAACACGGAUGCGAGCGGUACUGCUCACCCAUGCUGGUCAACGCCCUGCUGGCUCUGGGCUGUCGCUUCUCCACACAGCCAAACACGCGCUCCAACCCGGAUGAUCCCUAUUCCUCUGGCAACCAUUUCUUCAAAGAAUGCCAGCGGCUGCUGCAGCUCGAGUCGAACCACCACUCCUUUACCACCAUUCAGGCCCUGGGCAUCAUGUCGAUCCGCGAAGCCAGCUGUGGCCGUGACUCGGAGAGCUGGUACUAUGCUGGCCAGAGUAUCCGCCUGGCCAUCGAGAUGGGACUGCAUCAGGUCCAGUACGAAGACGGUGAUGAGGAAGAGGCUGCCGUGCAGGCCGCCACCUUCUGGGGCGCCUUUGCCCUUGACCAUGCGUGGUCACUCGCUACCGGAUCUCUCCCACAGUGCUCAUAUUUUCUCACCCUUCCACCAAAGCCCGCAAUCAUUGAUGAUAUUGAGGCAUCCUUGUGGAUUCCCUACACCGAUGGAGGUACACCCCUUUAUCAGUCGAGCCAACAACCAUCCAACGUCCGGUCUGUGUACACGUGCUUCUGUGACCUGAGCGAACUAGUCCACCGAUCGCUCUAUAUCCUUCAUACACCAGGACGCCCUCUCAUCAGCCGCAACUUGCUCGGCAUGUACACGCAGUAUCUGAACUGGUACGACUCCAUCCCUGAGGCCUUGCGGCUGGGUCGCAACUUCACACCAGCAGUCCUCUUUGCACAUAUGUACUACCAUUUUGCGAUUUUGCUGCUCUUCCGGCCUCUCAUCAAACUGCGAAUCAUCGGGUCCAGCAUCUUACCUCGGGAUGUGUGCCUGCAGGCUGCAGAUGCCAUCCAAGGUCUGCUGAGGUCGUACUCGCAACUAUACACAUUGCAGAGAACGCCAUCCUUCGUGCCAUACUUUGUGCUCACUGCAUGCAUCAUGCACCUUGCCAUCGGGGCGUUUUCAAAAGACUUCGACUCGGCCAUGCACGACCACCAUGCAGCAGGACCGCCGGGACCAGAGCUGGAUUUCGCUACCGGACAAGACGCGGUCGAGAAUAGCAAAAGGGCGGAAAACCGUGGGCAUCGUAUGCGACCUGUGCAUAAACUGGACCCAAGAGUGGUGGAAUCUAUCAACCGCGGCAUCGCAGACCUCACAGAGAUGGUUCCAUGUCACCAUUUUGCCGAGCAGGCUCUCAGCAUAUUACGAUUCCUCACCAAGAAGUGGAACAUCGAUGUGCACGUUUUGGUUGUGGCCAAAACGCCGAGCGGCGAUAUCGUGGAGGUUGAAAAUACUCGUACAGUGCGGCCAAUGACCAACAGCCUCAACUUUUUUGCCCCAAACAUGGAGGAGAGUGACUUCAAUAGCACUUGGGGCAGCUUGGCUGACGGAGUUUCCAAGACGGUUUCCACAGCGGCCAGUGUACUCCCGGCGUCGCUAACCAGCAUGGCGAGCUCGGAAUGCAUAGAAAACCCUUUGUUCUGGCCUUUUCCUAUGCAAGGCCGGCCGAUGCUAGAAUCAGGAGAGAAGUUGGAAGCGGCCGGAUUUGCCUUGCUGUGA